UCGCUAAACUACUUAAUUCAACUGAUCAGGUUAGCUGUGAACAAAAAAGUUUCUAUUAAUUGUGUGACUUCUAGUGCCAUUGAUCUUGCCAAAAGCUGUUAGAGAUAUCAGCUCGCAGUUAAUACUAACAACUGCUGAUCCUUCUGAACAGAAUAAAUUUGAAACUUCCAAGUUGGGUUAGAUUAUCACUAAAAGAACUCUCAAUUUAACAGAUAAUUGUAUCUAUUAUUUCUGUUCAUGAUGAACAAAUUUUAAUACUUAAGUAACCAACUUUCCCAACAUUUUGUAACUAAUUCAUUCAUCUUAAUCUUCAUACAAUACUUGAGAAGUUUUAACUAUUGUAUAACAAUCAAUCCAUUCAAUCAAUCAACUAACCAACCAUGACUGACAAACUCUUCAAAGAAUUUGAAGCAAGAACACCAUUCUCCCAUAUAUUAUUGAACCCUGAAUUAUGUUCAAGAGUCUUACACUCUUACAAUGAUCCUAAAACUUUUGCAAAAUCUCAUGAAUAUUUAACUGGUUCUAAAUUUCCUGAAAAAGUUGUUGCUAAUCCUAACUUUGAUGCUUCAAGUGCUUACCAUGCCUCCAAUGUUUGUUUUAUCAAGGAAGUGAAGAACCCUCAGGGACACCAUCAGUAUUUCAACUAUCAUUCAAGACCUAUUAUUAAAAAACAUGUUUCCACUUUAUGUCCUUAUUGUUCUCCAUUCAAGAUGAUUGGAUAUGGUCCUUCAUUAAUUUCAAAGUUCCAAGAUGGUGAAGAAGUUCUCAUUGAUUCUUGUUUACCACAAUUCUAUGAUGAAACCUCUGGUGAAUAUGAAAAACAUUUAGCUGAAGAGCAUGGUGUGUAUAAGGAUUCAUGUGUGAACAUUCCAUUUGUUGGGUUAUGUGUUGCAAAUUUCUGUCAUGAUUAUACUCCAUCAAUUAUCUGUCCAUAUGAGAAGAAAACUUUCCAGAAAAAAACUCCAUGUUUAACAACUUUCCAUUUCAAUGUUGAUACUGAUUAUCCAUUCCGUGAUUAUUUCAAACAUGUUUAUCAUCAUCAUAUAGCUAAGGAUGUUCAUGUGAUUGAUAGUGAUCCAGUUUAUAGAAAAGAAGUUGAAGUUGAAAAUAAUGAACUUUUUCAAAAUGUUUUUUAUCCAUUCUCUGUUGAUAAUUUUGAGAAAGCUUUGAAAGCUUUACGCUUUGCAUGUGGGAACAUUAGUUUGGAUCCUAUUUUACUUUGUGAAGAUUAUCAUAAAAUCAAAUAUGUUGAAAGUUUUGUUCAAUCUGCUAAUGCCUCACCACCUUGUUCACCAGUUGAUGAAAGAAAAUUAUUUUCAACAAGAAAAGGUAUUCCAAUUCCUGGAGCUGCAUUCCUCAAGUCUUCAGCAAACCAAAGCUCCUCAUCAUCUUUUGAAAGUUUGAAAGAUGAUAUCCCACGUCAACGCCGUCGUGCUUCUUCACUUCCUUCGGCAUUUGAGAUGGGUGAUCUUGCAAACGAAUUGAAUGAUAUUCCUCAACGUGGUGAUAAUUCUAGUUCAUCUGGUGAUCGUGAUAUCUUGGAGGAGGAAACUGAAGAUAAUGAAUCUAAUCAUAGUGGAAGUGAUGAUGAAGGAUCAAAUCAUAGUUCAAAUCCAUCAACCAAUAGUUCUAAAACAUCCUCUUCAACCAAUAGUUCAAGAUCUUCUUUAACAUCAUUAUUUUCAAGGGCAUCAACUACUGAAAAUUCAUCAACAUCUAGUCAUUCAGAAAGUUCAAAUGCUCCAUCAGAUUUAGCACCAUAUUCAACUUUAUCAUCAUCAUCGUCACCAACAUCACCAAGUGAUGAUUUCCUCUCUCCAGUUGGAAUUUUUGAAGGAGAUUUGACACAUGAAAUAUCAGCUGGUGAAAGAGAAGAGUAUGAGGAAGCUUAUACUAGAGGAUAUCCAACAGUUGAGCAAUUGCAAAGUGGAUACAUGCCACAGAUUGAUCAUUGGAAUGCUGAUCUUGGUAUACUUUCUCCUAUCCCAGAGGAAGAUGAAAUAUCAAUUGAAGGUGAAGAUGAUGAUUCCCAGAAAAAUGCAUCAGCAACCCCAAGUGACCAGUCAUUCAAGGAGAAUAAAGAACAAAGUGAAACUUUAUUAACAGAUUCAGAAGUGAGGGAUGCACUUGACGAAGAAAUUGACAUUCACCAAAAGAGAUUCAUUGGGAUCCUUAUCCGUCAUAGCAGACUAACUGGUGAGCCAAUUGAUAAUCUUGCAACUGAGUAUAUUGAUAGUUUUUUCAGCCGUUAUCCAGAUCUUAAUCUUGGGAAUUGGAAACAAAUAUCAUCUCCAGUUACAGGUGAUUUUGAAUUUGAUGACGAUGAACAAUAG